CUUGCUUUAAUAUAUAUGGCUUUAAUAAAAACACUUUCCUGAGACCCAUUGUCUAUAGAAUUUAAAUGUUACAGACUAGCUAUACACAUGUCCUUUGAAAUUUCUGAUAGAUUCAGAUAUGGGUAUAUGCAUUCAAGCAUUACGGGCAAUAGAAAUAUGCUCAAAAUAUAGAGGAUGCCUAAAUGGCAGUUACGUGAACAGGCCAUUUGCUAACACAACUGAACGUUUUUCUUACAGUACAGUUGUAGGUUGCAGUAUGAAUGAAAUUUAACUUUUUGCCUACACUUAAUGUAAUAAAGCUAUGUAACACUGAUACACUAUCCGGUUAUUGUAUCCCGACUGUAACAUUUUAAGGGAUAGUUUCACACGUGGGAUACGGGCGCACACACAGACUUUACAAUCCAACACAAUACUGUGAAAGUCAAACUCAGCCAGGCCUGUGCUGUGUGAUCUCUCUGGUCAUGAACUACUGAAGAUGCCUUCCAGUACGACUAAAUUGUUGUUAGUUUACAUGCUGAUUGAUUGAAGCACUCAAACUUCUGCCUUCAAACCACAAAGUCUAAACAAUGAGGACUUCACAAUCGAUUUUCUGUUCAUACGCAUACGUAGGGUGCAGUUGACUGUUUUCCUGGAAUGUUUCGGCUGAGGGGUUUGUGCCAUGCCUCAAGGAGGCUACUCCACUCUCGGGCGACGGGCAGUGAUCAGCUCCUGGACCAGCUAGUUAGCUGCACAAGUGAAGAUCAAGUGUUUGAUGUUGUGGGGAAGAACAAAGCCAAACUCUCGGAGAAGCACGUGGGCUGUGCAAUGAGCCUGCUUUGGCAGUUUCAGAAGGAGAAGCCAGAGAUGCUGCGGACAGUUGAAUUUGUAAGAACUCACCCACAGUUCCUCACCUUGCGUGUGCUGGCUGAAAAUAAGAUUCAGCUUCUGGAUGACGAUACUCUAGUGGACCUCCUUUACAAUGCACUGAGGUUACAUGUGGAACCUUAUGAUUCCCUGAUUCAAGAGCUGGUUACAGAGGCGUGGGUAAGAAUAGAAAAAUUCAGUAUGUCCACACUGUCAAAGUUCGCUGUAUGCAUAAAUGACCAGCACAUGCAGCACAGUACUCUAAUGGGUAAAAUCACCGAUAUUGUGAGCCAGAAACUAGACAUUGUGCACGAUGCCAGAGUUCUUUCCACGCUGAUGAUAAGUGUGUCACCCCUUGCCUCUCUGCGGCUCCGGGACAGAUUGAUAGAAAAGGCUGAGUCUCUCCUAGAUACCAUGGAUCAGUCCCGCUUCAAUAAUACCCGGAGAGUCGUGCAGUUUCUCCGUAAUGUCAAGUACAGUUACAGGCCCUUGCUGGAAAAAUGCAACAGGGUCUUUCUUCUCAAUCUGAAAGAUCUGGACGCAGAAAAUUUUAGCAUUAUCCUGGGCCUCUAUCAGUCUCUCCAAUUCAAUAACUGUGACUUUCGACUGGCUGCUAAGCAGAGGCUGACUGAGCUUAUCGACACCUGCACUGAUCCUGUUAGUUUUACCAAACUCUUUGCUGCACUUGGACCUAUGGCUGCACAGGAGACCAGAGAAAGACUGGAAAGUGCUGCAUUAUUACUGGCUGAGGAGCUAAAUUGUCAGCAGGCUCUAGCAGUAGUAGAGACGAUGGAGGAAAUGGAAUGCAGAAACCCACAGCUAAUUAGCAAAGUUGCAGCAUUUUUCUACAAGAAUUUAAAUGCUUAUAAACCUGUGGAGAUAGCAAGGUUGACCCAAGCCCUGAUACUACUUCACUGUCAGAAUCCAGAGCUGUUCACAAAGCUGAGAAGUUUGCUGGUGAGGUACUUGCAGGUCAGUGUUGUUCCCUACGAGGUGACCAUGUUGACCCGGGUCCUCUCCAUGCUUCCUUCCCCUCGGGUAGAUGAGGUGGUGACCUCCCGAGUGGACGCUGUCUUGCCUCAGUGUAACCUGAGCGAUUUAAACGCUUUUGCUGUGGCUAUUGCCAAGUGGGUUCGGAACGACCCCUCCUACCGGCACACCACCUCCAGCGUUUAUGUGAAACUGCUGCAGAAGCUGAACAGGUGUGGCCUGGACCGGCUGCAGAAAGCCGACAGUCUGGAUCUACUCUUGGAGGAGCUAAAGUACGCCUCUGGAGAGUGGUUUGAAGAGAUACUUCUCGAGGAAACGAUAGUCACUUUGCAGAGGUUAAUAGAUCAGGUGACGUGGACUAAUGUGCCAGAGCUUGCCCUUUUCUUAACAAGAACCAACCAUCUCUGUACCCCGCUGCUCGACAGAAUCGCCACUGUGACGCUUGAACACAUUGAUAAGAUUCAUUAUUCAGCAACAUACGCCACACUCCUGCCCUUCGCUGUGCUGGACUAUGAUCCACCCCAGGGUGAUGAGUUUUUCGAGACCUGUAUUCAACGCUUCAAACCUCAUUUAAGUUCGUUUGAUCCCCACCUGUUGGUGCUGCUGGCAUACUCUCUGGCUGUUGCAGACUGUUUCCCAGAGGAAUUAAUAAGAACCAUUUUCAAUGUGGAUUUCCUAUCUAAGCUGGAUGCUCAGCUUGAAACUCUUCCUGAUGCCUUGAACAUGCGAAUCAGAUUACGGCUGAUGGAGCUAAAUAGAGCCGUCUGCCUGGAAUGCCCAGAAUUUCAGGUCCCUUGGUUCCAUGACAGAUUCUGCCAGCAGCUGCAAAGGAAAGGCAAUGGUAAUGCAAGUGCAGUCCAGCAGCAAAUUCAUAAAAUGCUGGGGGAGAUUCUGGGAGGGAUUAACUAUGCCAAAGUCUCUUUGCUCACGCCUUAUUUCUAUGCAGUCGAUUUUGAAUGUGUUCUUGAUAAAAACAAAACUCCUCUCCCAUAUGUGGAGCAAAGCCCCCUUCUGAUAAGCGAGGGGAGGAAGGUGCAGUGGGGAACACUCACUCAGUUAAAGGAAAGAAGAGAACUGCCCCCAGGUGCAGAGCGUAUUAGUUUUUCACUCAUUUUAAAGUGUAUUGUUCCAAAAGAAAUUGUGGUAAUUUUGUUUCAACAGAUUCCUCACUUUGAAUGGAACUCAAUGGAACUCUCAACACAGGAUGCAUGGAAGGAAUACCUACGAAAGAAGCUGUUUACAGAUCAUUUGUAAUGUGAAUGGCAUUUAAAAAAAAGUUUCAUUAUAAAUAACUAUUUAAUAUGUAUAUUAGAUA